GGGCCCUAGCUCCCUGACUUUAGGGAAAACAGUUUCGUGAUUGAGCUCUGAAGAUUUAAGCCUCUUUUCCUUACUGUUUCCUUCCUAUUCUUGCCUCUUCCUCAGUCCCAGCUCAGGUUUUACCCAUCACUCCUCUCCUUAUUUUGCCUACUGAGGCAAAGGACCAACCAGGUCCAGACUCAGGAAAUGUCCACCAGUGUGAUAAAGGUAAAUGGGCUCGAGGCAGCAGAGAUGGACUCCCAGCCAACUCAAAUCAAUAUUCAUAUCCACCAGGAGUCAGCUCUGGCCAAGCUCCUCCAGGCAGGAUGCUCCUUCUUGAAAACUAAGAAGUAUUCCCAAAACAAACCGAGCCAAAGGGUGCUCCAGGCACAGCUGGCACUUGGGGUAUCACUGAUAUUGCUAGGGGCCUUGAGCUGCUGUUUUGGAAUAUUCCUGUAUUUUGGGCCUUGGAUUCCUCUGCAGGGCACCGGUUGUGCCUUUUGGGCAGGGGCUAUGGCUGUUAUUACUGGAGCUGGGGCCAUCAUCUAUGAAAAAUAUCAGAGUAAAUUGUGGGGUCGUCUUGCUGUUCUGUUUACCCUGAUCAACAUCUCCACGGCCAUUGCUGCCCUGGUCUUCUGUUCGUACAGCUUUGGGGACUCCUCAUAUCGCUUUCCCAAUCUGAAAUGGAUCUGUAACUAUCCUAAGCCAGAAACCUUCACGACCUGGUAUGGUAGGGAUGAUUCUGAUUAUAAAGACUGGAGGACUGAAGAGUGCAUACAGACUAUGAACAUGUUUUUGCAUUUGUUCCAAGGAGUUCAGGCCACACUGCUGGCUAUCUGUGCUGUGAUACUCCUUGUGUCUCUGGCCUCCCUGGGUGUGAGUCUCCGUAACUUGUGCUGCCAGGACUCUCAAUUCCAGCUUGAAGAAGGAUGUGAAAAGGAGCUUCUAGGAGACGAAUCACUUCCUCCCUCACCAUGCAAGGAGAAACCCACUGGCAUCAUUAAAGUGUGACCUGCCUGCCUGCCUGGAAUCGUUCCCUGUCUCUGGAGGUAUCCGGCCACCUCACAGGCUCUCUGGGACAGUUGUAGAACAUCACUGAGAACCCUGUCCCUCAUCCUAAACCCUGUACCUUUAUUGCCAGUUCUGCUAAGCUACUGAGAAGAACUUUCCUACUCCUUCAAGUUUUUUUUUUUAACAUAUUCUCUGUUUUUUACCUCUCUGACUACCCUUGUCCUCUUACUCUCAUUCCAUGAAGAGUUACAUUUACUCUUUUUUCCUAUCAGUCUCCUCAAACCCAUCAAUCCCUUGUCCUCAGAUUGCUUACAAAUAAUAAAUACUUUGAUUUCA